AUGGCGGACAACAGCAGAGCAGUCAUUCCGAUCCUGGUCACUAUGAUGCUAGUGACCGGGGUGUGCAAUACCAUUCUGAACAAGUACCAGGAUAUGCAAUGUGUCAGGAACUGUGACUCGCCGGAUGAAAACGAGCGGAAGCUGUUCGAGCAGCCUGUCCUGCAAACUGCACAAAUGUUUGUCGGAGAAAUGGGCUGCUGGCUCGUCGUCUUGGCUUCCCAACUGUACACGCGUUUCGCAAAACGACACUCACCCGCUCCUCUUCUUGCGGGCGGGUACCGACCCAUUCGCAGCGAUGAGGCCGAUAACGACGAUGAGGAAGAAGAAGAAGAGGAAGACCAGGCGGAUUUUGAGUCAUCUGCUGAGAACCCUGCUACCAAGCCUCUGAUUGAGUCGAGUACUGGUCGCAUUCACUUGCGAGGAUGGAAAGUGUUGUUGCUUGCGGCUCCCUCAUGUUGCGAUAUUACGGGGACGACGCUGAUGAAUGUUGGGUUGUUGUUUGUUGCGGCUAGCAUUUAUCAGAUGACUCGCGGAGCACUUGUGCUAUUUGUGGGAUUGUUUAGUGUCCUGUUUUUGCGCCGCAAGUUGUAUUUGUACCAAUGGUUUGCGCUGGUCGUUGUUGUGCUGGGUGUGGCCCUGGUUGGUCUUGCUGGUGUUCUCUUUGGUGGCAGUCAGGGCCAUGACCCAGAGGAUGGUGUUAAUGCGGUGGCAUCUCGCUUUGUUCGGGACAUGUACAACACGACGACAACCCAAACCCCCGAAGGCGUUGCUGUUCUGAUUGGCGUGUUGCUCAUUGCAGCAGCCCAGAUCUUCACCGCGUCUCAGUUUGUGCUCGAAGAGUGGAUUCUCGAAAACUACGCCAUGGCUCCAUUGAAUGUUGUUGGAUGGGAGGGGGUUUUUGGCUUCCUUGUUACCGUCAUUGGCAUGAUUAUUUUGCAUCUGACCGUCGGCUCAACCGAGGCCGGCAGAUAUGGAUACUUUGAUCUGGCGGAAGGCUGGCGUGAGAUUACGACUAAUAGAGCUAUUGCGGUGUCUAGCGUGCUGAUCAUGAUCAGCAUUGGUGGCUUCAACUUCUUCGGUCUAUCCGUCACGCGCACCGUCUCCGCGACAUCGCGAAGCACAAUCGACACUUGCCGCACGCUCUUCAUCUGGCUCGUCUCGCUGGCCCUCGGAUGGGAGAAUUUCAAAUGGCUCCAAGUCGCCGGUUUCGUGCUGCUCGUUUAUGGUACCUUUUUGUUCAAUGAUAUUGUGCGACCGCCGCUUAAAGCUUUGUUGCCGAAAAGGGAGACGCAUCAUGAGGAGCUUCUUCCUGAAGAGCCUAUUGAGCAUUUUUAG